GCGGACAUACCUACAUAGUUCAAAAAAAUAUUUAUCCAAAUUGUUCACACACGUAGUUUAUUGUAUGUUUACGUUCGUUGAAAAAAUAAAAUGGUGUUCUAUUUUACAAGUAGUGUUGUAUCUCCCCCAGUUACACUGUUUAUGGGAGCCGACAAAAACGAAAAUGAAGACUUAAUAAAAUGGGGUUGGCCAGAGGAUGUCUGGUUUCAUGUUGACAAAGUAUCAUCUGCACAUGUAUAUUUAAGACUUACUCCUGGUCAAACGAUUGAUGAUAUACCUAAUUUAGUUCUUGAUGAUGCUUGCCAGCUGGUCAAAGCAAAUUCCAUUUUAGGCAAUAAAAUGAAUGACAUAGACAUAGUUUAUACAAUGUGGUCAAAUUUGAAGAAGACUGCUGGAAUGGAGGUUGGACAAGUAGCAUUCCAUAAAGACAGAGAAGUAAGAAAGGCGAAAGUGGCCAAAAGAAAUAAUGAAAUAGUAAAUAGGCUGAAUAAAACAAAAACAGAAUCAUUUCCAGACCUCAGACAAGAAAGAGAGAAUCGAGAUAGAUUAGAGAGAGAAGAUAAAAAGAAAGUUUUAAGAGAAAAAAAGGAGAAAGAGAAAGAAGAAGAAAAACGAAAAAAGGAAGAGGCAGAACUCAGAAGCUACUCUACAUUAAUGAAAGCGGAAAAUAUGUCCACUAACUAUGAUGGUAAUGAUUCCGAUGAUUUUAUGUGACCAUCAUAUUACAAAUCCUGUUUCUAUUAAAUUAACACUAAAACAUUUUUUUCUUCUAAUAAUUUUAUAGAAAAUAUUUAAAAGUGAAAAAUAAAAGUAUAUUUUAAAGAUGGCAUAAAUUUAUUCCAACUGAGCUAAGUGAAUUUACAACCCAAGUAGGAUAUUGGCCAUUGGGAUAAACUUCGUUUACAAAUUGUUGUACAAAAGCUGGAAAUGUACCAUUUUCAAUAUUUUCUCUCAUAGUCCUCAUAAGACGCAUCUGAUAAGCAAUAUUGUGCACAGAAAGUAGAUGGCAAGACACUGUUUCUACUGUUACAAUACUGUGGAGAUAAGCCCUUGUGUAAUUCAAACAUGUUGAACAAGUACAAUCUUUGUCAAUUGGAUUUAGAUCUGUUUCAUAUUUUUUUUGUUUCAAACUCAAUUGUCCUUUAUUCACAAGUGCACACCCAAACCUUGCUGUACGAGUUGGGAAAACACAGUCAAACAUGUCAACACCAAGAGCCACACACACUACAAGAUCAAUGGCAACUCCAACACCCAUGAGAUAUCGUGGCUUGUUUUUAUCAAGUAUUCCUGUGCUCAAGCUAACCAUUGGCCAGAAAUCAUCCUUUGCUUCACCCCCACAAAAGGUACAAUUGAGAAAUUUUAAGCUGAUAUUUAAAUUGAAGUAGUCAUAAUAGUCAUAUCAUAUAUAUCUUAUUCUUGUUAUACCUUAACCCUCCAAUAGCAAAUCCAUUUACAUCUUUAGUCAUGUGUUCUUUAGCACUCUGUUCUCUUAAGGUAUUGUUUAAUAAACCUUGUACAAUAGGAAAUAUGCUUUGCUCUGUGGGUCUCUUGUGUGCCUUUAGACAUCUGUCAAGCCAUCUGCUGGUCCUUUCUGAAGCUUCUUUGUUUCUCUCAUAGUUUUGGUUUGUUGUUUGUACAACAUCAUCUAGUUGCAUGAUAAUGUCAGCUCCUAUGCUGUUCUGGAUUUCAAUUGAUCUUUCAGGUGUCAACAUAGUUUCAGAGCCAUCAUAAGGUGAUUUAAACUUAACUCCUUCUUCAGUUAUUUCCGCUAAUUGUAGUAAUGACACCAUUUGAAAGCCACCUGAAUCUGUAAGGAGUGCUCUGUUCCAACCCAUAAAUUUG